GGUGCAAUUCAAACAACUAUAGAAUCAAAGUUAGUCACACGCUUUGAACCAUCACAUCUCGAUGUAAUCAAUGAGAGCUACAUGCACUCUGUUCCAAAGGACUCUGAGACUCAUUUCAAAGUCGUUGUUGUAUCUGAUAAGUUUGUUGGCAAGUCAUUACUGGAACAACAUAGAAUGGUACAAGAUACAUUACAAGAACAAUUGAGUGGAGGUGUACACGCUCUAAGUAUCAAGACAUCAACACCAGCAUCAUGGGCAAAGAACUCAACUGUACCUCAGUCACCUGCAUGUCUCGGUGGAAUGAAGAAGGAGCAACAAUCA